AUGGAGAUGGUCCUCAUCUUCACCUUCUGCCUGAUUCUAGCUGGUACUGAUGCUGUAACUACAGUAACUGGAUACAGAGGACGAUCAGUUCAGAUUAAAUGUAACUACACAUCUGGAUAUGAAGAGAACAACAAGUAUUUCUGCAGAGGUAAAUGUCCCACCUGGGACCUUAAAGACGUUCCUGUUCAGUCUGGAUCUCCUGUUAAAGACCCCAGAUUCUCUCUGUAUGACGAAACAACAGCCAAAGUCUUCACCAUCAACAUCACUGAUCUGAGACCAGAGGAUGAAGGAACUUACUGGUGUGGGAUAGAUCGGGAAGGGCAAGUUCCUGCUAUGACUACUGUCUCACACACCACACACUCCACUUCAUCACACUCCCUGAGUACAUCAGUACAUGCUGAGAGCACACACUCAACAACAGGCUUCCCAACGUCCGCGAUAAACACUGCUAUCUCUGUGGUUCUGGUGCUGAUUCUCUUCACCCUAUUAUUCACUUUCACCCUACAGAGGAAAAAGAAGAUGCGAGUCUCAUCUUCUGGCCAACCUGAACAAAGAUUCUCAGCUCUCCAUAUGGUUCCAUGUCCAGUUUAUGAUUAUGAGGAGACUGAAGACAGCAGAUCUCUUUCUAAUCCGCUUUACUCCACUGAUCUGCCUCCCUUAAUCCCACCUGAGAUUUAUUCCAACACUGGAUUAAACACAGUUCUCUCUGACUCAGUUGAGAAAUCUGAUGAAAGUCUAAUGUACGCAACAGUGUGUUUUGACACAAGGUUUAUUAGAUUAGAUCCAUGUAAAUAUGAUACUGUAUAUGUUUAGUGGUUAGUAAAAAUAGUUAGAAGUUAGACACUUCAGAAUGCUAAUGAUUCUGAGCAAUUUUAAAUAUGCAACUCACAUUAACUUGCAUUACAGUAUGCUGUGCUGUGGUGCGGUUUGUUUGGUCAGGAGGUGUUCUUUAAAUUUAACACCAGGCCUUACAGUAGAUUAAAAGUAUACCAUAAACUGCUGUAUAUAUGUUUUAUUUCAAUUUCAUUGUGCAAUAUUUUAUUAAUUUAAUAAUUUUUAUUCGAAAGGUGAAUGAUUUAUGAACUUGCUUGUAUGUGUUAUUUGUAUAUUUGUUUUUGUUCUACUGAACCACUAAACAUGUUUCCUAAUAAACAUUAUUAGUAAAUGUUUUAUUGCUUGUUAAACAUAACAUCUUGAUUCAUGUCAAUGUAUUAUAAUGUUGUGGUGCAAUA